AGAAGAGCACAUAAUUUAUUCCUGCAAUUUGUACGCUUACUCUUUCGUUUCACUUGAGUUUCAUAAUUUCUGGGUUUGAAGUUUCAAUUUCAUGGAGUUUGGAGCAGCAGUAUCUUCUUCUUCUUCUUCAACUUUCAGGGUUUUAACUAACCACCAUUUAUGUUCUCUCUCCUCCAACAAAACUCCAUUGAAAACCAACCUUUUUCCUUCAAAGGGUUUUUCCUUUUCUCUCAAAAAACCCUUUUCUUGCACGGCCGCUAUCACCACUAACAACGCCACCAUUUCUCCUUCUAAGGUGAAGGGGUCAAAUGAGGGAGAUUAUAGUGUGUUUGAGCUUUCAAGUUUGACAGCUUUAUCUCCCUUGGAUGGUCGAUACUGGAAUAAAGUCAAGGAAUUGGCUCCUUUUAUGAGUGAAUAUGGGUUAAUUCGAUACCGAGUUAUUGUUGAGAUUAAAUGGUUAAUGAUGUUGUCCAAAAUUCCUGAAGUGAUUGAAGUGCCGGGCUUUACUAAUGAAACACAUCAGUAUAUGCAAAGUUUGAUUGAUGAAUUUGGCAUGGCUGAUGCAUUGGAAGUGAAAAAUAUUGAGAAAGUCACCAAUCAUGAUGUGAAAGCAAUUGAGUACUUCCUGAAGGAUAAGUGCCAGUCCCAUCCAGAGAUCUCUAAGGUUUUGGAGUUUUUUCAUUUUUCUUGCACAUCUGAGGAUAUCAACAAUCUUGCUCAUGCAUUGAUGCUCAAAGAAGCAUUGAAUAAAGUUUUAUUUCCUGUCAUGGAUGAAGUUAUAAGAGCAAUAUGUAACAUGGCUAAGGAGUACGCGCAUAUUCCUAUGCUUUCCCGCACUCAUGGACAGCCAGCUUCACCCACCACCUUGGGAAAAGAGAUGGCAAUAUUUGCAGUCAGAUUAAGCAGAGAGAGGCAGAGACUAUCUCAGAUUGAGUUAUUGGGGAAAUUCGGUGGUGCUGUUGGGAACUACAAUGCUCAUAUGGUUGCAUAUCCUGAGAUCGAUUGGCCAAAGAUUGCAGAAGAAUUUGUGCAAUCUUUAGGUUUAACUUUCAAUCCUUAUGUCACUCAGAUUGAACCUCAUGACUAUAUGGCUAGUCUGUUCCAUGCAACUAUCCAGUUCAACAAUAUUUUGACUGAUUUUGACCGGGACAUAUGGGGCUAUAUUUCAGUGGGUUAUUUUAAGCAGUUGACUAAGGCGGGUGAAGUUGGGUCAUCUACAAUGCCUCACAAAGUGAACCCUAUCGAUUUUGAAAAUAGUGAAGGGAAUCUUGGCAAGGCAAAUGCUGGUCUAUCUUUUCUUAGCAUGAAGUUGCCUAUCUCGCGAUGGCAGCGUGACUUGACUGAUUCAACUGUUUUGCGGACUAUGGGCGAAGGAUUAGGGCACUCCCUACUAGCCUACAGAAGUACCCUGCAGGGUAUUGGAAAGCUUCAGGUGAACCAAACAAGGUUGGAUGAAGACUUGAACCAUUCGUGGGAAGUACUUGCAGAGCCUAUACAAACAGUCAUGCGAAGAUAUGGUGUCCCAGAGCCUUAUGAAAAGUUAAAGGAGUUUACAAGGGGAAAGGCAGUCACUCAAGAAAGCAUGCAAGAGUUUGUUCAAGGAUUGAAAUUGCCGCAGGAAGCAAAGGCCAAUCUCUUGAAGCUAACACCACACACAUAUAUUGGAGCAGCGACCGAGUUAGCCAAAACUGUUGAUGCAGCCGUGAAUUUGAUUUUAGAAUCUUCCAAUUGAAGAUAUUUCAGUUCCAUGGCAAUAGCUGCUUUUAUAUCAACAUUAUAAAUGUCAUUACCAAUUACCAGGUGACUUUAACUAACCUCAUGUACAAGUCCUGCUAUCAGGACUGAUUACUUGUUUAGCAUUGCUACUGUUCAGGAACUUGAGUUCUUAUUUAGCAGUAAAAUUGAGGUUACUUUGUGCUGUAAAAUUUUGUAUCAACUAUUUAUGCCACAAUAAUCCAAAUUAAGUAUUAUUCUUAAAA